CGAAAAACUUCCAUCCUUCACACACCAUCGUAUACCGCCAUGGCUGCUAAAAGAUCGGUUUCUGUGCUGCGGCCUGCCUCCAAUGCCCUUGGAACAACUUAUUUCCGAGCGAAUUGUUGUCAGAGAGCCCAGUUCUUCACUCGACCGACCUUCAUUCAUACAUCACGGCCCCGCAAGUUCUCUCCAGCAGCAAUUGCUCCUGUCCGCCAUGCUUCCUCUGGCUCGGAUCCCGAGAAACUGGCGAAGACCGGACUCUACGACCUUCAUGCGGCCAAUGGUGCCAAAUUCGUACCAUUCGGAGGCUACUCGAUGCCAGUGCAGUAUAGCGGCCUCAGCAUCAUCGACUCACAUAAUUGGACAAGGGAUAGGGCUAGCCUGUUCGACGUUGGACAUAUGGUCCAGCACGAGUUCUCCGGCCCAGGAGCCGAGGCCUUCCUCCAAAGAAUCACCCCCUCCUCGCUCUCUUCUCUUCCGCCCUACAACUCGACGCUCUCAACAUUGCUCCAUCGCGAGACAGGCGGAAUUGUAGAUGAUACUGUGAUCACCCGUCUUCCAGAUAAGUUCUACGUGGUGACCAACGCCGGAUGUCGGGGAAAGGACCUGGCAUAUAUAGCUGCCGAACUUAAAGCCUGGAAUGACUCUAAUGAACACGUGGAAUGGGAACUAUUGGAGAAUCAGGGCCUUGUUGCUCUGCAAGGCCCGCUCGCAGCAAAGAUUCUUUCUAGCGCUCUGGACGGGAAGUCGCGUGCAGCAUUGGAAACGUUGUACUUUGGCCAAUGUAUGUAUGCGACCAUCGCCAGAACGGAUGCGAUGGUGCUGGUCAGCAGGGGCGGAUAUACAGGAGAAGAUGGAUUCGAGAUCAGCACCCCCCCGUACACGACAGAAGCAAUAGCCCAGUUCCUUCUCGACUCCGCAAAGGACGACCUACGACUAGCCGGCCUCGGAGCCAGAGACACCCUCCGUCUCGAAGCCGGCAUGUGUCUCUACGGCCACGAUCUCGACGACUCCACCACGCCCGUCGAAGCCGCUCUUUCCUGGAUCAUAGGCAAAGACCGUCGCACCAGCGGCGGUUUUCACGGCGAUUCCGUAAUUCUCCAACAACUCAAGAAAAAGUCAGAAGGGGGUGGUGUAUCGCGACGUCGUGUAGGUUUUAUCGUGGAAGGCGCUCCCGCUCGUGAAGGUGCUGAAGUUGUAAACGAAGCUGGCGAGAAGAUUGGGAAUAUCACGUCUGGAUGCCCGUCGCCGUCACUGAAGAAGAAUAUUGCGAUGGGGUAUGUUCAGGAUGGGAUGCAUAAGAGUGGGACGGAAGUGGGGGUUGUUAUUAGGGGGAAGAGGAGGAAAGCGACGGUGACGAAAAUGCCGUUUAUUCAGAGCAAGUAUUUUAAGGCGCCGGUGAACAAGUAAAGGGAGAGAGAGUUAUGCAAUACCUUUAGCUUUCGGAAAUUCAACAUUUGGCAU